AUGGGCAACGGGAUGUGCUCCCGAAAACAGAAGCGGAUUUUCCAGACUCUCCUGCUCUUGACUGUGGUGUUCGGCUUCCUCUACGGGGCGAUGCUCUACUACGAGCUGCAGGGCCAGCUGAGGAAGGCUGAGGCCACGGCGCUCAAGUACCAGCAGCACCAAGAGUCCCUCUCAGCUCAGUUACAAGUUGUAUAUGAGCACAGGUCAAGAUUAGAAAAGUCAUUACAAAAGGAAAGGCUUGAACACAAGAAAGCGAAAGAAGAUUUUCUUGUUUAUAAACUAGAAGCGCAGGAAACACUAAAUAAAGGAAGGCAAGACUCAAAUAGCCGGUACAGCGCACUGAGUGUACAACACCAGAUGUUGAAGAGUCAACAUGAAGAAUUAAAGAAACAGCAUGCUGACCUUGAGGAAGAUCACCGAAAACAGGGAGAAGAGUUUAGCAGAACAUUCAGUGAUCACAAGGAACGAUACUUACAACUGCAGCAGGAAAAAGAGCAGGAGAUCUCUAAGCUAAAGGAAUCCCUAUAUAACUUACGGGAGGAGAACAGACAGUUGAGAAAAGCUCAUCAAGAUAUUCACACCCAGCUACAAGAUGUCAAGCAACAGCAUAAGAACUUACUCUCCCAACACAACCAACUUGUAGUGACAUUGGAAGACCACAAGAGUGCACUAGCUGCUGCACAGUCCCAGGUGGAGGAAUACAAACAGUUGAAGGACACACUCAACAAAAUACCAAGUUUCCGACAGCCUGAGAAGUUAGAACGACCAAAUGAGCAACCAGAGGUGCGAGCACCGUCUCCCAGCAGUGACCUCCCAAUGCACCGUGAAGAUGCGGGUGAAGAGCAGAAGGAGAAUGAGAAGCCACAAGAGAGAGCAGAAAUAAAUACCCAGGAAAAAGAUGACAGAGCGGAGCCUUUUCAUCUGCAAAGAAGGCCUAAUGAGGGCCAGCAUUCCAAAGAACUAAAUAUUCAGGAGCAACAAGAAGCUGGAGAGGAUGAUGAGCAACAUGUUGAUGAAGUUGAAGAGGAACGCAAAAAAGAACUUGAAGAAGAAGAAAUGGAGCAGGCAGGUCAGCCUGAGCACUUAGAGGAGGAACAGGAUCAGGUUCCAGAAGAGCAUGAAUGGAAAAAACAGGAACAGAAAGAGGAGGAAACUAACAUGUUGGGUGAUCAUGUUCAUUCAGAGGUAACAUCAAUGAAAGCUGUAACAAAUAGACAUAAACCAGCUUAUGAACAGCAGCUAGAGCAGCAACAUCUUGCAGCCCAGAGAGCCGAGGAGGCUAGUCAGCUACGAGAACAUCAGGAAUCACUGCACCAGCAAAGACUGCGAGGACAGCUCUUAUGGCAGCAACAGCUUCAAGAGAGAGAGCUUCAGCUGCAAAAACAGGCAGAACAAGGAGAAAAACUCUACAAAAGCCGGCUAAGCCAACAGGCUCAUUAUGAUAACGUGGACCAGGAUAUUGUACAGGGGGAAGAAGAGCAAGGUAUUCAGGAAGAGGAAGGAGCUUAUGAACGUGACAACCAGCACCAGGAUGAAGGUGAAGAUGAUCAAAAUAAUGCAAAUGAACAGCAAGAACCAGAACAUCAAGUAGAAAAUCAGCAGGCUGAUCGAUCAAAGACAGCCAUGGAAGAUGUGAAUCCUGCUGAUGACCCCAACAAUCAGGGAGAAGAUGAAUUUGAGGAAGCUGAGCAAGAGAGAGAAGAAAAUGUACCAAAUGAAAAGCACAAGCAAACCAGUCAGAAACAAGGACACCCAGGAAUGGAAGAGCACCUGGUGAUGGCAGGAAAUCCUGACCAGCAGGAAGAUAAUGUGGAUGAACAAUACCAGGAGGAGGGAGAAGAGGAGAUUCAGGAAGAUUUGACUGAAGAGAAGAAACGAGAACUGGAACGCAAUGCCGAAGAGCCAUAUGGCGAAAACGAUGAAAAUGUGGAUGAAAAGAAUAACAGACGGGCAGACCAAGAGCAAGAAAUCCAAGAAGAGAACAAUCGGAAAGAAGUUCAUGAAGAAAAUUAUGAGGAGGAGGAAGAGGAGGAAGAAGGCAGAGCUGUUGCAGCAAAAACUCAUAGACGAGGGGAGAUGUAGUCUCUCUUUU